UCACGGCCCGCGCCGGGGAGCCCGCGGCGCCCUCACGGCCCGCGCCGGGGAGCCCGCUCCCAGAGCGCGUCUCCCACAGCACCCAGAACUACAAGUCCCACAGGUCCCACAGCACUCGCGACUACAACUCCCAGAGGUCUCCCAGUGCCCGGGACUACAACUCCCACAGUGCCCGCGGGUCCUUAUCCGAUAGCGGGGAAAGGCCUGGAAGGACCCGGGCAGUAGCGGCGGCCGCAGCCGCGGGCCCGGCUCGGCCCGGGUGAGCGCUGCGGGCGGAGGAGGUUUUUCGUGCGGGGCUCCUGCAGUGCGGAUUGCGGUGUUGAUGUGCGCUUUCUCCCCCGCAGCAGGAAAUGGCAGCGCUAGGCAGAUCCUGCCAGGGCAUCCCGGCGGGCCCGGCCGUGGAGCUCCCCACAGCGCCGGCCGCCGCUCCGGACCGCCACGGCCCGCAGCCCUUAGUCGGCGGCCACGGCCGUCUGCAGCCCCCCGGGAUGGUCAUGGCAGGGGUCGGAAACGACGGCGUGGACGGAUCCUCCGGCUUCUGUCUGCAGAGCAGCUUCGACCUGGCCUCCCUGGCCGCGCUCGGGAGCCACGGCGAGGGGCUGACGGUGGCCCCGGUGAGCUCCUUCAGCCGGAGCCGCAGCCAUGUCUCUGUGCGAUGUGGAAAGAAGCAUAAACUAGAAGAAGAGGCAGAAGGCUGUCCUGUGCGGAAGAAGAGACUGACAGGAGCCAAAAAUUGCCCUUUGAAUCCCAACACUGAAGAAUGGAUUCUUUGUGCAGGUCAGCAGGCAGCUGGGGAGGUGGCAAGUCAGUAUGGUGGCAGCGGUCCUGAAACUGCCAUGUUAGAAAUUCCCUGUGAAGAAAUGGAUCAGACAAUGGGGGAACAGCAAUGCGAGGUUGCUCGCAGGAAACUUCAGGAAAUUGAGGACAGGAGCCGUCCUUCUAUGGAGCUUGUGCUUUGGAAACCUCUUCCUGAAUUUAUGACAGAUAAACUGAAGUCUGUUUCUGUUAAGAACUUCAAGCAGCAGAGUACAGAAGUGUGUCAAGCUAAGCAGCCAACACCAAGAGCUCCUUUUGACCCACAGACUGAAACGUUCCCUGGAUCACAACAGACUGCCAUGUCUCCAGAUCCAUAUGCUAGUUUGGGAAUAUCUGGGUGUGCAGAAGAAGAAAUGGAGUUGUAGAUGCCAGAUUUUAGACUGGAAGUGGUGAGCUUCUGAUGCUUAUUGUUGAUGUUUUUUGAUUUUUUUUUCUUCUGGUUUGAUGUGUGAAUCUGAAGUUAUAUUAUUUGGUUUUUGUUUUCUUACUAACAAUCAUAAGCACACCACAAUCAUAGGGUGGCCAGGAAACACCCUAAGAUUUCUGUGUUCCAAUCUGUUAAAUAUUUUUACUUUUAUUGAAAAGGUAAUUCAGAGGCCUUUGGAACAGGGAAGUAGCUUUCCAUCUUGCUUAAUGGUGAAAUAUCCUCUUAAUUGCCCUUGGUAAAGCAUAAAAUCCAAAUACUGAAUGUAACUGUGGCUUAAGCCACGCCUUUGUCUUACUGAGCCAUUCAAACUGGUGCACAUAACUAUGCUUGGCCAUUUGGUUUAAUUUGAAUUACAACAUGUAAAGGAAGAAAUAUCUUCAAAUCUAGUCAUGGAUAGAAAAGCAGUCCCUCUGGUAAUACAGCUUUUCACACCAUCUUAUUUGUUUGGACUUGAUGUAAACUCAGAUCUAGAAAUGACACAAUCCAUGGGGUAGGGAAGGAAUAUUACAGCUCAGCUUAAGUCUUUUGCUUUGUAGAAAGUAAAGCCAGCACUUAAAACUUGCAGGAUACCUGCUAACUUUAGUCAUCUUGGGUUCAUUGGCUUCUAAAUUUUAUUUGUGGGUUUUUGAUGUUCCCCUCCCCAAACAAUGCAAAGUUUGGAGAAAAGUGGUUCUCAGCAAAGAGAUUCACAUUUUACAUUGUGCUGAGCUUCUUUGUAUGCAUGGAGUUGGAAGGUCAGUUGAAGACAGUGUGACUUCUGAUUAAUUGAAUGGCAUCCAUUAAUUUGGGUAAACAUGAUAAGUAAAUCAGAUAACAGGGAUAAAUGGCUGCUUGCUGCCAUUAGGAGGGUCAAAUGCUGGGUUAUUGUCUGUAGCCAAGUCCCAGCCUCUGGUGACUUUGGUGGUGAGGUAAAGGAGAUGCCUGUCUUUUUCCUGAGAGAAUCUAGACAUAAAAUUUAAGCCACAGUAUGUGCCAAUAACAUAGCAAGACAUUGUUUAUACAGAUGUAUGCCAAAAGAAUUUUCUACCCUGCACAGGGUGCCAAGGAAAGGAGUCCACAAUGAGCUAUUGCUUGUACCUUUUCUCAGUGCACAGCAGUUCCUUAUGCUUAAGGUUCUCUAGCUUGUUUAAGGGUUUUAUCUUUUGUUCCUAAGUUCUCAAGCUUUCUCAGAGAUACCUGAAUUGAGGCUUUUCAAAAGAAAUCCUUUCCAAGUAACAGGUUCUGUUCAGUCCUAUGUCCCAAUCUGGUUUUGACAUCUUGCUGACAUAAAGGAGCAAGUACACAGAAACACAGCUGCUCACUUAAGAACAUCUACUCUUCCUCUGCACAGCUUGUGAUAAUGUUCUUUACUGUUGAAUAACCCAUAAAAACAAUCUUCUCUUUUUGCAGUCAUCCUUUAAUUCCUUCUGGUUGUUCAAAAGAUACCUGUUUGUUAAACACUGUUUAUCUUGCUGCUUUUGUUGAAGGUUGUCUGAAAUUUUCUGUCUCUUGGUAAAACAUUUAGAGUUUGACUAAAAACACUCCAGCAUCUGAGUAGGUAUUUCUCUGGAAACCAGUAUACACCUGUACCAUUCUGGAAGGUUUAUUAUGUUGAAGAACAUGUGCAGCCUAUCUUGCUAUAAUGCCUAAUUUCAUUUCAGGGUCUGCUAUAAAUAUUUUGCAUGAACUGUGUAAAAUUUCUUACAUAUUAUUAAGCUGCUGAACAUGUUUAAGACCUACAGCCUUUGAUAUGCUUGAGUAGAACAUAAAGCAGUCAGUUUGGAGAAGGCUGUAGUCACUGCAGGUGGAAAGUGUGAUGCCUCCAAGUAACUGGUUUUCAGCUUGCUGGAUUAUAGUGAAAGUUCAAAGUUGGAAGUAUUUUAGGUGAAAGCUCUGAAUCCUAAAUAAACUGAAAAAAAAAAAAGGAUGAAAAUUUCAAAAAUGUGAUGAAACCAUCUCAGCAACACUGAAACUGCAAUAGAAGAUGUAAAAAAAACUCUGGGAGGCCUAAAUACAUCAAAAGAUGCAGUUGUUUUCCUCUUAAAAACACCAAAUUGCAUAUUAGAUUUGCAGAAUAAGAAAUUGUUGUAGAUGGCUUUUAAGCUUACUUUUUUCCUGCUAGGUUUGUACCAAAGGUUGACUUUCAGGUGUCUUUCCUCUUAAUUCAAUGCCAACAGGGCAUCACUGAGCUGUUACCUGCCAUCUAAAACAAGAAUAGAGUGGUGCACUGUUGACAAAGACUGUGAGAUGGAGAAAAAAAAUUCUGAGAAGUUUGCAUUGAUAGAAAACAUUUGCUUUCAUUUUUUCACAAUACAUUUCUGCCCUUGUGCUAGGAGACAGUGAGGUUGAGUUGCUUAAAUUGAUGGAAGAGUGGGAACCAAGUGACAGGAGCACUGAGCAAGAUCCUUGCUACAGCAAUCACUUGGAGAGGGUGAUUGGAUGAGAGAUGAAGCUGUGGGCAUUUACAGACUUCUGUAUUUGUGAGUUUCAUUUGUUGUUGUCUUCAUUAAAAGACUUUUAUUAAUGCUGUUCACAAAUGGGAUGGCAAAUGCGAUGCAGUAUUAGGAAAAACAUUAUUUUGAAAUAUGAAAGAUCUGAUUCUGGUCUGUCUUCUCUUGGGACCAAAUCACCCUUUGUAUGUCAGUUUUCAAUAAAUUUUCUAAAAUAUU